CAAUCAGCCAAAACGGGUCUUCCUCUGUGGAUGCUUGGCUUGGGUGCGGACCUCUUGUGGGCCGACAUGAACCGCCUCCUCGCCUUCCUCUUCCACCAGGGAGUGUUGGAUGAGCAAUUCUUGCAGCUUCAGCAGCUGCAGGAUGAGACUUCCCCAAACUUUGUCUCCGAGGUUGUCAACAUUUAUUUCCAUGAGUCCGAGAAGCUUCUCAGGAAUCUAAGAGCAUUGCUGAUGGAGAGGGAGUUCUCGGACUAUAAGAAAAUAGGGAUACAUUUGAAUCAAUUCAUGGGUAGCAGCUCCAGCAUUGGCGCCAAGAGAGUCAGAAACGUUUGUGUUGCCUUUCGUGCCGCUACUGAGCACAAAAACCGUGCUGGAUGCUUACGAGCGUUGGAGAUGCUGGAGCAUGAAUAUUGCUAUCUCAAGAACAAAUUACAUGAACUAUUCCAAAUUGAGCAACAACGUGCUUUGGCAGCAGGAGUGAGGUACCCGGUGCAGAAUUAA